CGUGUGCCGCGGCACAGUGUGGUCUCCGUUCGGCUCGCUUCGCUGCUUAUUACUUCAGACACUUUCGUCUUUUUCGUCUGUCGUUUGUUUCGUCGUCGGCGAGCCUGCCUCGUCACUCGUCGCGUUUGAUUGUAACAACGUGUCUGUGUCGUGCCCACGACUGGCAUCGCCGCUGUUCAAUUUACAGAUGUCUCCUCUAUAGCUGGUAUGGUAUUGACUAUUGAUGUCUCGAUUUUAUCUAGCGUUGUUGACGUUAACACUGCGCUGCUCCAAUCGACCUACCCUUUGUUUGUAAUGUAAUACCAAUACCUAGAGAAAUGAAUGAUCAGGAGCAGCGCAUUUUUUAAGUAAAGGCUACCUACCUAGCGCGUCACAUAUCACGCAUCACAGUAACAGAGCAUCACGUAUAAGACUGAUACAAUGUCUAGCGAAGAAGAUCGUUCGGAGAAUCACAGCAUGCUGCCUGAAAAAAUGAGCAACAAUAAUGACUCUUCCCGUCUGAGAUCAAGCAACAUACCAGAAGAACAAACAUCACUAACUCAAGAUAACGACCAUUACCAUCACAGAGCAGAUAUAAUCAGAAGCAAUGGCGACCUCAGAUCUGACAUAGACAGUGAUACUGAGUGCGGUUUGGGGCCAUGUGCCCCGAACUGGUUACAGAGGUUCGCAUCGAAACAAGCUUUUUUAAUAGUGUUUUGUAUAGCAUGGGUUUUGCAAGGUAUGUAUCAUACGUACUUUGUAAGUGCAAUAACUACGAUAGAGAAACUGUUUCAAAUUCAGUCAAAAAUUACUGGGAUAAUUAUGAGUGCCACCGAGAUCGGACAAAUCGGGUCUUCACUGCUUUUAACUUACUACGGUGGUCAAGGUCAUAGGCCUAAAUGGAUAGCAUGGGGUAUGGUUUUGUUUGCCGUGUCUUCAUUUACUUGUUCCCUGCCACAUUUCAUAUACGGCAGGCAACUGAUCAACGCAAAUGAUCUGACAGGGAUUACUAAGGAACCCAACGUUUGUAAAGUUCAUACCCCAAAUUCAACGCUAUUUUUGCAAUCUAUAAGCAAUAUUUCUUAUACGGAAUACGGCACCGUAGGGACGCCAAAUAUUUUGCAAACCUGCGAGGAAGAAAUCACGACAGGGCAUCGGAUACAACCGUCAGUUACUAAUAUAGUUUUAGCCAUAUUUUUCAUUAGUUUGCUUGGAGUUGGUAUGGGUCAAACCGCAGUUUACACUUUGGGAAUUCCCUACAUAGAUGAUAAUGUUGCCAGCAAGGAAUCUCCGCUAUACUUUGCAAUAACGAUUGGUGUAAGAAUACUGGGGCCAGCUCUAGGGUUCAUUGUAGGAUCCCUGUGUACCAGUGUCUAUGCGGACUUGUCUGUAGAUCCAAAAAUAGAUACAACAGAUCCAAGAUGGGUGGGAGCCUGGUGGUUAGGCUUGGUAUUAAUUUCUGGACUUUUGAUGCUGGCAUCAUUAGCUAUGUUUUCCUUCCCUAAAAGAUUGUCUAGUUCAAAAAGGACGAAUAGAAUACAUCAUCCUGGUAGAAAACACCCAAGUAUAAAAGAUUUUCCGAAAACUGUGAAACGUCUUUUGAAAAACGAUAUUUUAAUGUUUCGUACGGCCAGUAGUGUUUUACAUAUUUUACCUAUUGCUGGUUUGUACACGUUUCUACCAAAAUAUCUUGAAUCUCAGUUUCGUUUGCCAACGCCUUCUGCGAAUAUGAUAUCAGGAGUUGGGGGGAUACUUGUUAUGGGUUUAGGAAUUAUUAUUAGUGGAGUAUUUAUUUUGAGGGUGAAACCUAAUGCCCGCUUUGUCGCGGCAUGGAUCGCUUUUACAGCAGUUAUUUAUGCAGUAGGAAUGGGUAUAUUGAUGUUUAUUGGCUGUCCCAUGAAUGACUUGGCAGGUCUCAAAGGUAAUCAGGGAUUUGACAUAAUGAAACUGAAUUGCAACGAAUCGUAUUGCAACUGUAAUAAAGAUAAAUUCGCACCAAUCUGCGGCCAGGACGGCAAAACUUAUCUCUCUCCAUGCCAUGCGGGUUGCAAAAAUUACACUAAAAAAGAUGGGAAAAUCAUACACUAUUCUGAAUGUAUGUGUUUGUCAAAUGUGACAAACUUCGGUUUUGACGAAGAUUUUAGUUACGGUAACGCGACCAUAGGCUACUGUGAUUUAGAAUGCCCGAAUUUUAUAUUGUACAUAAUAUUAUUUUCGAUAUUCGUUUUCAUACAUUCGACAUCAGAAGUGGGAUCGAUGCUUCUGAUUUUACGAUGCGUUGAACCCACCGAUAAAGCGAUGGCGUUAGGGUUGAUACAGUUUGCGAUAGGGCUAUUUGGAAAUGUUCCUUGCCCGAUUGUUUAUGGUGCGGUGGUAGAUUCAGCAUGUUUGGUUUGGAAAAUGGCUUGUGGAGAAAAAGGAGCCUGUGGACUCUACGAUUCUGAUGUGUUUCGGAUGUUCUACCACGGUACAACUGGUGCCAUACUGUUGUGCGCAUUUUUCGUAGACGUAAUUGUAUGGUAUAAAGCAGGCAGUAUAAAUUUUGUCGACGAACAGGUUCCAUUUGAAGAAGAAUUACACACGAUUACAGGAAAAAUAAAAAAUGAACCUGAAUAACAAAUGCAGAAGGUGGAGACCCCACCAAAAUUUUAAUUGUAGUUUUUGUUUUUACAUAUUUAGAAUUUUCCGAUUAUAUUGUAUAUUCAACCAUAGAGACACAAUAUAGGUACAUAUAAAUGUGCAGAUCCACUGGAGGAGGAUGAAUGAGUGUACAGGAUUAUUACUAUUUAUAAUAACCAAAUAAUUUCGCGCAUUAAGAAUAAAAAUAUAACGUAUUAAACGUUACUAAAAUUAUUGAAAGUUGAAAAUUCCCAUAACUUGAUUUACGUAUCUAAUUUAAGCACAUAAUUUUGGUUUAAUACGUUAAAUCAUAUUUUAUAGGUAUUUCAUAAUUUACAAUUUCAUUAGAAGUUAUUUGGUUACUUCUACAGCCAGCAACUGUCACUGAAUUCAUAACACCUCUCCAUCCCGAGUUAAAAGGUGCCGCAAAAUUAUUUUUUUGUGGGGGGGGGUUCUCUUUAAUUUGUAGAGGCACACCGUUUUUUUAUGUAUGUAGGUAUGUACAUAUUUAAUUUACUUUAUAAAUAGGUUCCUUACGUGGAAAGAAAAAUAACCUAGUCUUAAAAUUCUCACUGAUUUGUUUUAAUUGAACAAAACUAGCCUUUUUAUUACUUGAGCGGAAAAGUAGUUCGAUCAGGACACUUGUAAAAUAAUAAAUUAACCCUAUUUCCGGUCAAAGUGAAAGUGUAAAAUAAUCCGUACUAUAAAGCUAGACAGUAUUGUCACAUAUUGUGCUCGAAAUAUCAAAGUAUAAUGCUUUAUAUGCUGUUUCGUAUUUGAAAAUGUGCAGUUCCGUAAAAUCCGUACAUUUAAUUUUUAAUAUAUCGUUAUAAGCCUAAUGGAUAAGUGAUAAAUAACUAGAUGUCAUUCAGGGAAAAAUAGCAAGUUUUCGAUCCUUUUCUUUGCCAAGAGUUACAGACUGCAAAACGAAUUGAGACUAUAUUAUUUAAAUUGUUUCUAAAUGUUUCCAAAUAAAAACGUAUACUGAUUUCAUUGUUUACUCUCCAGAGAAAUGUCGAAAACGGUACAAAAAAAAACAAAAUCACAUAUAUUGUUAAGGCUCCCUGAAUUAUAUAUAUACACAUAGUUAUUAUUUUUUCUAAUUUGAAAUGUAUAUACCACUAUCAAAGUGAAUGCAUGAUAAUUUGCACAUAUUUAUUGAAUAUUUAAAAUUUCUAUGCCUUCUAUAGGUAAUCUAUAUUACCUAUGUUUGGUCUGAAAAUCCAGUAAGUAGGUAUAACUUUUAUUUUCUACUUUAGAAUUAUUUACUCGAUAUAAUUAAAAUGAGUAUAAAAUUUCCAGUGAGUUACACAUUAGCUGGGUAUAUAAUACGCUGCUUGAAACUUAUUUUUCAUUACAAAUCUCUGUUUGUUUGUAUAACUGCAUGCUUUAUAUUUAUACGGUUGAUGUUGUUAAGAGUAUGAUAUCUACCGUUCAAAAUAAACAAUUCUCGAUAUAUUGUUCAUUGUGUUUAUUUAAAUUUAUAAUCAAACUUAUGUUUGAUGAAAGUAAUAAUAAUAUUACCUACAUAUACCGUAUUAUCGAAAUUUAUAAAUGCCUCCUUACUACAAACCGAGAUGCUGUUUUAUCUGCGACUAUUUUCAUAUGAAAUAAUUUCUGAAGGUUUUUUUAUUAAAUUUAUAUACCUAUUUAAAUUGAAUUUGUUUGCAUUUUGUAGGAAUAUAUUUGUUAACAUUAUAUCACGAACAAUAUACUAAAUGUAUGCCAAUAUUCAAUUUAAAGUUGUUUUUUUUUUAAAUUAAAUAUGAUGAACAAAACAUAUUUUAUUGUUUGUUUGAUGUAUUUAUUUAAACGCAGUGACACAGCUGUUAUAAUCUCUACCGUAUUGUAUAACGUAUGUAUUUUACAUUUUCUGAAAAAUUAUAUGUACAUACAUAUUUAUUUUUAUUUUCACUUCACUGAAUAAUUGGUGUAUCGCACCUGUCAUCAUGAAAUUAUAAACUUUAUAUUACAUAUUAUAAUUAAUUGCACACUAACCUUACAUUUCAAUAAGUUUGUUUUAUUUCUAGCAGGUAAAUCAAGUCAAGAUUUUUAUCUAAUUGUAGAACCGGUGUCUUGAUAUUUUUAACCAUGGAUUAGUUCACACCACAGAUUUCAUAAAAUUGCACAUAUGCACACUGACGCCGCUUGUCAAAAUAAAAACGCCCUAUUGCUAUCAAUAGGGCAUUUUUAUUUUGUAUUACCAUUUACCUUUGUACACGGUAAUAUCCCUACGGUUUUACCUAUAGCCAAAUCAGUUUCAAAUAUUUUUUUGUAACAAAAUAUAUAUUUUCUAUUUGUCUAGGUCUAUAUUAAGGCUACAUAAAGAAAAACCAAAUAGAACCGAAUUAAUAAUACUUAGAAAAAUGUAGUAAAUAGUAAUAUUUUUGUAUUUCAGUUACCUCCAUAUUUACAUAUUUAACAUGUUUAGACUAGACGAUCUUAUCUUUUUGUGGUAAAGACUAACAAACUUUAUAUACCACAAAGUAUGUAUUGGGCAAACGAAAAGUACAAUCCAGAGCCGUACUCAGAUUCUCCAAUUUUCAUGACUAAUUUGAACCGAUCAGAAUAUAGUCACUUUCAUCAAAUAUCACACUUCAUUUAGUUUAUUUCAGUAAUUACGUAUAUAAUUCGAUCCUGGCUCCUGGUUAUCUAGCCAUCUGGUUAUGCAUAGUGUGUCACAACAAUGUAUAAAGUAAUAAUAAAUAGUUCUACAACUCCUCUAAUCAUUGGCGUUGGAAUUUCUAAAUUUCUUUUCUUCUGAGGAUGCUCAGUGAAAAUAAAGUAUGAGCAAAAAUAAUGAUGAUGAUAAUAUAUUGAUAUAACUAUCAUAUAAGUAGGUAUCUAUUGACUAUUUUCGGAAUCUCAAUAAUACCGGAGAAAGUAAGUUACUUUUUUAAAUAUUUUAUUCAAUUAAACGAUUUUUUUUUUCAAAUUUCGUAGACGUACGUAAUGCCUAAUGCUAAUGAAUUUUUCAGGAACGCAUCAAUAUCUCUUAUUCGAGUAUCUUCACCGUUUAAAAUUUCCUCCACCUUUUAUUUAGACAGAUUGACUAUUGCUCAUUUGUACUCGAGCUGUGAAUUAAAUUUUGUAUAGGCAGACCGAAUUGAACACGGUUUGUCAGAUUUUCAAAUAGUAGUUUUAAUCAUGUUUCGGAACUCAAAAUUUAAAUCUAAUAUUAUUGCAGUAAAUAUUUUAAUAGUCGUUUAAUGUAAAAAAAAAA